AACAGAAGCUCGUGGAGUGGAGUGGAGUGGAUUAGUACUCCUACAUUUACAUAUGCUAUAAAUUCAAGGCGUUAAAAAGCAAACGGCAUAGAGUGACAGAGAGGGGCAUAGAUAAUAAGCAGUAGAAGAGAGCUUUUGCAUAUCACUAGCCUUGCCUUCAAUGGCUUCCAUUCUUCCUAACUGUCAAUACCACUCUUCUGUCUCAUUAGACUCAGACUACAUCUUCCGCAACCAAUUCUGUGAGGAGUUUCCACCUCCUUUCGCAGCAGCCAAAAACAACAACAUUAAUGGUUGCGCCGCCACUGCACUGUGGGCCGACGACAACAAUGAUGCCUUACCCUUGUUUGAUAUGGAUAUGGUUCCACCGGAAUCCAACUUCUCAGACAUGGUUGUAGUACCUGUGUUGCCUCCUCCUCCUCCGGAGUUUAAUACGGGUUUACACUUGCGUGACAUUGCCAAUGCCACCGGAACUCUCAGCUUUCAAUUCCAGAUGGAGGAAUGCUGCAAUAAUAAUGGGUUUGUGCCAGUUUAUGGUGAUAAUAAUCGGGGUGAUUUUCAAGUUCCUCUAGUGCCAGCAUUAAUUGAAGAACAAGAAGAACCCACUAUGAAAGUUGGAAGGUAUUCAGUCGAAGAAAGAAAGAACAGAAUUCUCCGAUAUGUCAAGAAGAGAAAUCAAAGGAACUUCAACAAAACUAUCAAGUAUGCAUGUCGGAAGAUCCUAGCUGACAAGCGGGUUCGAGUUCGCGGAAGAUUCGCCAGAAACAAUGAACUAUUAUCUGAAGAAGAAGCCUCAGCAGUAAGAAAGAACAACGAUAAUAAUCCUCAGGAAAAUCAUGAUAGAGAAUUUGACAAGGACACUGUAAAGAUCAAACAUGACGGGGAGGAUUGGUUUCAAGAGGCUAUGGCGAGCCUCAUGUGUUUACCAUAUAUUUCAGGGUGAUAUAUGUACCGAACCAUUCUUAACUCAAAGAUUAAUUAUGUACAAGUAUAUAUAUAUGUAUAUAUAUAUAUCUUAACGAUCAAAGUGAAAUUUAAAUGUAAGUCGAAUGGUGAAAUAUGUAAUAUAAUUUUUUUUCUCUAUUUUAAAAUGUGCUCAUGUGACCUUUCCAUGAGCAUUUCCCGUCCACAUUUUUAACUAUAAAUGACGAGAAAAUC